GCCGCGGGGAAAGGGAGCCGGGAAAACACGGCGGCGGCUUGUGAGGAGCGGCUGCGGCGCCGGGGUUGUUUAGCCUCAAGAGGAGGCUCGGGGUGGAGCUCAUCGCUCUCUACGCGUGCCCGACAGGAGAUGGUACUGUUGCUUGCUGUUGGGUUAUGGAGAGAAGAAACACAGCAAUGAGGCAAGACCUGUAAAGAUCCAAGGUGGCAAAAAUGGCAUUUGUCAAGGCUAGAAAGGAAACAGGUUUGGUAGUUACUGUGGAAGUUGAGGCAGAAGGCUGUACAAAGCUGAGGCUACGAUCAGGCGCAUCAAUGUGUUCAAGACAUAUAUUUGAAAGGUGGAGAACAAGUGGAACAGUUGCAACUUUUUGAAGAUACAAAUCUUACCACAUCUAGAAAGUAAUAAAGGAAACUUCAUCCACACUUCAUCAAAAUGCAGCGGAAUCUGUUACAUUCUGCAUCUCAGCUGGCGCACGGGACGUGUUGGUUCUUCCCUCGCACCGGUGUCUUUCAGUGCUUAAAAGGACAGUCUGUGUUGUCUAAAGUGGGAUGCAAAGUGAUUCUGAGACUGGACCCUCCUAAACGAUGUCUUCAUGCAGGUGCAGCUCACUUUGCCUCAAAGAAAACUGCUUUUUCCUCACAGCCAGCAGACGCUUCUCACAAAGGACCGGAAGAGAGAAAUCCUUUGCCGUCGGCCACUGAUGUGCCCAAGCAGAGCCCUGCAGAGUCAGAUUCUUCAGAACCUGAUCCAUUACAAGAUAAAUCAAUUAGUCUUGUUCAGAGAUUCAAGAAGACUUUUAAGCAGUAUGGGAAAGUCAUGAUUCCAGUGCACCUUCUCACUUCCACUGUAUGGUUUGGAUCCUUUUACUAUGCGGCCAUGAAUGGGGUGAAUGUUGUUCCGUUCCUAGAGUUGAUUGGCUUGCCAGACAGUGUAGUAGACAUCCUGAAAAAUUCCCAGAGCGGGAAUGCACUAACUGCAUAUGCAUUGUAUAAAAUUGCAACUCCUGCCAGAUACACUGUGACUUUGGGAGGAACAUCUGUCAGUGUUAAAUACCUACGUAAGCACGGCUACUUGUCCACACCACCACCAGUAAAGGAAUACCUACAAGACAGGAUGGAGGAAACAAAGGAUAAAAUUACAGAGAAGAUGGAGGAAACAAAGGAUAAAAUUACAGAGAAGAUGGAGGAAACAAAGGAUAAAAUUACGGAGAAGAUGGGGGAAACAAAGGAUAAAAUUACAGAGAAGAUGGAGGAAACAAAGGAUAAAAUUACAGAGAAGAUACAAGAAACCAAAGAAAAAGUUUCAUUUAAAAAAAUAAAGGAGUAGGAGAGAGGCUUAAUUUUUGGAUAUCUCAAACUUAGCACUUUAACCCUUUGUGAGGCAGGAUAUGCAAAGUGCACUUCUAAGCUUUUUUUUUUUUUUUUCUUUUUUUCUUUUUUUCUUUUUCUUUUUUUCUUUUUCUUUUUUUCCCCUUUGUCUAUAGACUACAAUGGCUACGUGGAUUUAAAGUUCCUUGGGGAGGAGGUUGUGACAAAAUUUCAAUUUACAGAAGGAAAAGUAUAUCUCAGAAGUUAACACUUCCCAUGGUAAUAAUGUUAAUAGUUACUCUUCCCUCUUUUUUUUUUCCACACCCUCCUCCUCAAAAUGAAGGCGAUUUCUGCCAAAAGCCACUACUCUGUUCUUCUUCCAUCAUAGUGCACAGCCAUGGUUCCACUAGACUGAGCCUUCCAUUAAAUAAGAAUGAAGAUUUCUGUUGGGAAGAGCAGCAUGUUUAGGUUUUUAGAUUACGUGGACCCAAUUCAAUUGUGAUCAUCUCCCCAUCUGAAGCAGACCAUUGCCACUGAUACUGCACAUGAAGGAAUUGAUGGAUCAGCUACUCAGCAGGAAUUAAUUACAGUGGCUUCCCUGGCUUCAGCCAGGCUGCAAUCGUUUACAGGUUGAGACUAUGAAUCUUUCUUGAACAGUGCAUCUCUUCAGAAAUCUCGACUGAAAGCUAUAGGCAGAUGAGUUAAUCACAGUAGCCAUACUGUCAAGCAUAGUUUGUUUCCUGAAGUUGAUUUACAGUACAAAGUCAUUAAAUGAAAUUAAUCAGUUGUAUAUUAAACACUAGGAUUUGUUCAUUGUGUUAAAGUUUACAAAUCUGCUCUAUUUCAUUUUUGAAGCAAAAAUUUGAAAAAGAAGUUUAUUUGAGAAAUUGCUAUACUAAGGGACUUUUUAAACACAUGGAAAGUUAAGAGUUAAAUCCUGAAGUUCCUCCUCCUCCCUCAGACCUCAGUAAAACAAUUUGACAAAAAUAAGCAUGAUUUCUGAGAUGGUGAUCACCCUCUACAAAACUUUUUUCUCCCCUAGAUUAAGUCAAGCAAACACUUACUCAUACCUGAAGGCUGAAAUGCUGUCUCAGAUGUCGUAAAAGACUGAAGUUGAAACUCUUCUAUUUGGCUGGGCAGGCAAACUUCUGUCAGUUUUUAUUCAAAUGUAGGCAAAAUUGAAGUGUGUUUUUCCUAUUUCUACUACAGAUCUCAGUUUGCAGCCACUCAGCAUGUGUAAGUUGUUUAACAAAGGUGCUUUUUUGCAGGGGGAUAUGGGGAAGCAAAAGAGUUGGACCCUGAGCAUUGCAGUUGACUAGAGUGAAAAACUAUAGCUGAUCAGCUCUGCCCCACUGUCCUGUUUUCUUUCAAGUCAGUGAGGGCUUCUCCAUGUUUAAGUGAGUUGAACUUCAUUAACUAAAUUGUGCAGGAUUGAUUACAUACUUCUCUGCCUCUGCCCUCGUGUAAAAUAGUAACUGCAAUCUAAUGCCUACCUCACAGGGAUGUUGUGAGGAAUAAUCACUGUAUAUUCAGCGACCUGAAGAUGUAAAGUGCCAUGUUUCUGAUAAAUAUUAUUAAAAAAAUAUUUCUGCGAACCCUUACACUGCUAAAUACUACUGUAGGACUAAAGUUUAUAGAUGUUAUUUUGUUUUUCUAUUUUAGUGUGCUUUUCCUUACUGCCCCCAUGCACACCUUCUUCUGAUGUUGACUUUUGUUCUGAUUUCCUACUUUUGGGGCCAGUGUUACCCAUGUCCUGCAGGACCCUGCAAAGCCCAAAGUGUGCCCCAAUAAUAUUGCGUGAUCACUCUCAGUCUGGGACUAUAUAUGGGAUCCUUUUAAUGCAACUCACAGGAUCCAUCUCUUUACGCAGGGCAGGGACUGCCCAGGGGCACCUUGGUGUCCUUUGAUGAGUUUUUAGCCCUUAGACGUUGGAACUUGUUCAUUACACCAUCUCUUCUUACCCUUCCCCUUGUCCAGCUAGCCUGGGACCGUUCUAGUGUUUAUAUGAUCCAUCUCUACUAAUGCUAAGUACAAAAGCUGAUUGACUUGAGUUGACUGUCCUGUGUGAUCAUUUCUGCAGCUGCAGAAACGGCUCACAGUGACUCUUGCAAAGUGCCUCCUCUGUGUAGGUGGUUAGUUUUGCAGCAUGGAGAAGCUUGAGGAUUUUCUGGGACAGCCACAUCCUCCACCCAGCAUGUCAAUUAACAAAGCACAGAGUUAUGUGGUUCCAUUUAUACAGAGCAAGAGGGAAAAUCUUCCAAGACUUUGGAAGUCUGACCUGGAGAGCUUUUGUGACAAUUAGUCACAUGCUUGGCUGUACUGGUGACCUUUUCUCAAAUUUGCCUUAUGUGGAACCUCUGCCUCAUUAGUUCAGAGCACACCUGAGGAGUUCCUGGGCUGCCCCAGGGAGUGAAUGUAAGGCCGCUUGGUGCCCAGCAGGUACCCAGCUACACUGCAGUUUGAACUAGGCUAAAGUUGACUUUCAUCCUGUAUCUCACUUACAAAUUAUCUUGCCACGAUACUAAGGUGCAGUUCUUGUUAGUGACAGUCAGCCUUAGCGUGAGUCUGCAUGGCUGGAAGCCAGGGGCCACCACCCUUUGGAGAGGCACAGUGUCUGCACUGUGCCAGCAGGCUGGAGCAAGCAAGGGGCACCUGGGGACAGCACAGGGUCUCCUGGUAUCCAAGCCAGCACAGUUGGCACACUCAUGUGGCAGCAGUGUCCCUUAAGAUGGAGCAGCAUCAGUGAGUGCCUUCAGCAGCAGAGAAGGAGCAAGGGAGCAGGUGCCAUGGCCUGGGAAAGAGGCCCUAAGGCAGCCCACAAGUGACCCAAGCAAGGGAGUGCCCAGCGAGUGCCAGGAGUCCUUGGUGAGGUGAAAAGCCCAGACAGAAGCCCAGCAGUACCUGCCUUUGCCCGCAGGACCAUGCAGUCAGUGCUAACAGGGCUUGCCCUUUCACCUCGGGCACCUCAGCAUCCCCAUGGGAAAG